UCACUUGCUGCUCUCAAGAGGGUCCCAGCUGGCCUACAGACUCGUCAUCGAUCGCAGACGUAGUAAGUUGAAGACUGCCGGCGUCAGGACCUCCCUCUGCCUGCACACAGUAAAGGCUCUCUGUGUGCAAGGUCACCAGAGGUCGUGGUGCCGCGCACAGCUCGCAACAAGCACCGCAUCAGUUCGCAGCAUGACGCCGCCGCUGCAAUUCGCAUUCCUCGUCGCGACAGCGACAGCACUGCAGCCCGAGCGCGUAUUUAUUGGCGGCCUCGGCUACUGCGGGCUGAGAAUUGCAGAGAAGUUCCACGACACCUACGGUUGUAACGUAGCGGGCUGCGUCCGUUCGGCCGAGAAGCAAGCAGCUUUGACGAAAAACUACCCCUGGCUCGAGGCGCACGUCCUCGACUUGGACAAUACUUAUCAAGGCCUCGACGCCGACGGCCGCGAAGCGUUGGCAAGGGCCACGCAUAUCGUGGAGACCGUGGCGCCCAUCGCCGACUUCGACGAAGACCCGUUGCUCGCCCUCCACGCGGACUGCUUCGACAACCAGUGGGUUGCCUACCUCUCCUCGACCGGAGUCUAUGGCGACCACGCCGGGUCCUGGAUUGAUGAAAAUGCUGCUCUACUCUGCACCGAUGCAAAGUCGAAGGCCCGCGUCGGGGCCGAGGAAGCUUUCGCAAAACACGACGCCGUCGUGCUGCGAUUGGGCGGCAUCUACGGCCCCGGCCGGUCGCUCUUGGACGCGCAGCGGCGGACGGCAUCGACGUCCGAGAAGCCGGUGAACCGUAUUCAUGUAGACGAUAUCGCCGGCUUACUGAUAGCUCUGGCGGACCGCGACGUCCGAUCAACGACACUUAACGCCGUCGACGACGACCCGGCGCCGCGGAGCGCCGUCUCUGCUUUUGCCGACGAGCUGAUUGGUCCUGCUAAGGCGAAGGGCGCGGCGAAGCCCUCGCGGGGCACGGGGUCGAAGAGAUGUAGGAACGAGAAGUUGCGGGAGGUCUACGAGUUAUUGGCGCCGACGUAUAGGGAGGGUCUACUGCGAAUCAAAGACGCCGACCCCGCGAUUGCGGCCGCCGCUAGACGUCAGGAGCGCAUCGCCGCGGCGCAAAGAGAUCUGCAGGCGGUGGCCCUCGCGGACCAGCGCGCCGACGUCGAGAGCGGCGAGACGUACUGGAUGCGGGGCAAGUACCAGGAGCUCCAGCGGCUGGCGGCCGAGGAUUCUUCGUCGGAGGCGUAAUCGUGUGUUUGUGUUG